GGGCUCUGCUCCUCCCUCCGCGCACGGGGCCUGCGGCGGAGUCGCCGGCGCGGCCAGCUCCGGGUGCUGGGCGGUGACAUGGUGCGUGGCAGGAUCUCCAGGCUCUCGGUGCGGGACGUGCGCUUCCCCACGUCGCUGGGGGGCCACGGCUCGGACGCCAUGCACACAGACCCUGAUUAUUCGGCUGCGUAUGUUGUCUUAGAGACCAAUGCGGAAGACGGGCUCAAAGGGUAUGGAAUUACCUUCACUCUGGGAAAAGGCACGGAAGUUGUUGCCUGUGCUGUGAAUGCCCUCGCCCACCAUGUGCUUAACAAGGACCUCGGGGACAUCAUUGGUGACUUCAGAGGCUUCUACAGGCAGCUCACCAGUGAUGGGCAGCUGAGAUGGAUUGGUCCUGAGAAAGGUGUUGUGCAUCUGGCGACCGCGGCUGUUCUCAACGCUGUGUGGGACCUGUGGGCCAAGCAGGAGGGAAAGCCUCUGUGGAAGUUACUUGUUGACAUGGACCCCAGGAUGCUGUUAUCCUGCAUAGAUUUCAGGUACAUCACAGACGUCCUGACUGAGGAGGAAGCCUAUGGAAUACUGCAGAAAGGUCAAAUUGGCAAAAAAGAGAGAGAAAGGCAAAUGCUAAUGCAUGGCUACCCUGCCUACACGACAUCGUGCGCCUGGCUGGGGUACUCGGAUGACACACUGAAGCAGCUCUGCACCGAGGCCCUGCAGGACGGCUGGACCAGGUUUAAGGUAAAAGUGGGUGCUGAUCUCCAGGAUGACAUCCGUAGGUGCCGACUCAUCAGAAACAUGAUUGGACCCGAGAAGACGUUGAUGAUGGAUGCCAACCAGCGCUGGGAUGUGCCUGAGGCAAUAGAGUGGAUGUCAAAGCUGGCUGAGUUCAAGCCACUGUGGAUUGAAGAACCCACCUCCCCUGAUGACAUUCUGGGACAUGCCACCAUUUCCAAGGCAUUGGUCCCACUAGGAAUUGGUGUCGCCACAGGAGAGCAGUGCCACAAUAGAGUCAUAUUUAAGCAGCUUCUCCAAGCAAAAGCCCUGCAGUUUCUCCAGAUUGACAGCUGCAGGCUGGGAAGUGUCAAUGAAAACCUCUCAGUGUUGCUGAUGGCCAAAAAGUUUGAAAUUCCCGUUUGCCCCCAUGCUGGUGGAGUUGGCCUCUGUGAAUUGGUACAGCACCUGAUUAUAUUUGACUUCAUAUCAGUUUCUGCAAGCCUUAAAAACAGGAUGUGCGAGUAUGUCGACCACCUGCAUGAACAUUUCAGGUAUCCAGUGACAAUCAAGAAGGCUUCCUACAUGCCUCCUAAGGAUGCUGGUUAUUCAACAGAAAUGAAGGAGGAAUCUGUAAAGAAACACCAAUAUCCAGAUGGUGAAGUCUGGAAGAAACUUCUUGCUGCUCAAAAUAAUUAAAUGUUCAGCCCCAAUACUC